UCCGCUGGCAAGACUCGCGAGCAAGCGCAGUGGGCGGAUCCGCGCGGGGUCUCGCGGUGCUGACUUCCGACCCGGUGGCCGAGUGAGUUUGGGGAGUCGCGAGUGAGUGCGUCAGCCUCACUGAGCCUUUUUCAAGUGUGCGUCUGAGUCUGCAUGUCUAUGAAAUGCUCAUGUCUCUGAUUCCAAAAAGACACACUUUUCACUGGUAUCCAGGAGACCCGCUUCCCAGUGAUAAGAAAAGAGAUGGAAUCUGAUCUGCAGGAUGGAAGUGGCAACCAGUAAGCCAGUUCGUUGAAGCAAACCAUGGCUGCAAUAAGGAGUUCCCAGGCACACCCGUCCCCAAGCAAGGACUCCACACAGAGACAGAAAUCAGCCCUGCACAACAACGGCCCUGACUAUGAAGCUUCCCGCCAGCGCUUCCGGCAGUUCUGCUACCAGGAGGUAGCUGGUCCACAUGAAGCUUUUAGCAAACUCUGGGAACUCUGUUGUCAGUGGCUGAGGCCUAAGACACACUCAAAAGAGCAAAUCCUGGAGCUGCUGGUUUUGGAGCAGUUUCUGACCAUCUUGCCAGAAAAGAUCCAGAGCUGGGUGAGGGAGCAGUGUCCAGAAAAUGGUGAUGAAGCUGUGGCUCUGGUUGAGGAUGUACAGAGAGCACCUGGGCAGCAGGUCCCGGAAUCUGGGAAGGACUUGAAAAUGCCCAUCGAGGAGACGGCCUCCUUGGGAGCAGCCAGAGAAUCACUGAGAUCCCACCUGAAACAGGGGGUUCUUCCAGAAGAAUGGCCUGUGAAGGGGUCACGGAGCUCACCCCAGAGAUCGUGGGGACAGUCAGAAGCCUGGCUUACUCUGCAGGCUCCCAGGAACCUUCCUCAGAGGAGGGGUCUUAGAGACCAGGAGACAGGUGCUGUGCUCCACAUAGCUGGGGCCCAGGGAUGAGCCACAUGUGAGGACAGAGCCAUAUCCCUCUGUCAGGAAGGGCAGAUAACACCUGGCCCUGAACAGAGGGCCCUCUACAGGGAUGUUACACAGAAGAGUGACAGAAACGCCUGGCUGGAGCCUGGCCCACCCUGGGCGGCCGAGGACACCAGGACUCUCCUGUCUGUUCUCAGCAGCCUCGACACUCCUGGCCAUUCUCAGUUUUAUGAAAAACUCCAGACCCAUCAGCAGAACAGCCAGAUCUCCAGGGCCUUGGUGGAACAACUCCAGGAGCAAAGCUUUCUGCAGACCCCAGAGCAGCAUCGUGCCAAGUUCAAAAGCCUGCAGUUGAGUUCCCGCAACAUGAGGAGAGGCUAUGUGCCUGAGCCUUGUAUCUUUUACGAGGAAACUGAUGCCCUUUCCAGCCCCUGGGCCUCUGCACCUACUAUGGCAAGCAGUACUGAUCCUGGCCAAGAGGGAAGUGAGGCUAGAGAGCUGAGUCAGCAGAAUAGGGGGCCCACAGAGGCUGGAGAAGGUACCACCGUGGAUGGUGAAGACUGGGAGGAAGAGGAUUUCAGGGAUCCUGGCCAGGCAGUUAGGAGGGUUGGCCUGCCAGACCUGUUCCCAAACAGACGUGGUAUUGAGAUCAAGAGCGGGAUUACAAAAGAGAAUUGGAAAUGGGAUGAUACAGAGGAAGCAGAAAUGAGCAAGCCUUUUCAGAGAAAGUCCAGUGAAGUCUUCUGGCAUUCUGAGCUAAAAAGAGGCUGGGCGGGUGCUCCAGUGUCAAGAAGGCAACGAAGAUGUUCUCCAGGGGAGAGUGAGGAGAAAUCCCCAUCCCAGAAGAGAAUGAGUCACCAGAGACUUCGUACUGGGGAAAAGGCCUGUACACAUUUCCUGUGUGGGAGAAACUGCUCUCAGAGUUCUCCCUCUCACCACCAGCCAGUCCCCAAAGUGGAAAAAGCUUCUAAAUGUCAUGAAUGUGGGAAAAGCUUUAGCCGCAGUUCUUAUCUUGUUCGACACCAGAGAAUCCACACGGGAGAGAAGCCUCACAAGUGCAGUGAGUGUGGGAAAGGCUUCAGCGAGCGCUCCAACCUCACUGCCCACCUAAGAACUCACACAGGGGAGAGACCCUACCAGUGUGGGGAAUGUGGGAAAAGCUUCAACCAGAGCUCCAGCCUCAUUGUCCACCAGAGGACCCACACGGGGGAGAAGCCUUAUCAGUGCACUGUCUGUGCAAAGAGAUUCAACAACAGCUCCCAGUUCAGUGCUCACCGGCGAGUCCACACUGGGGAGAGCCCACACAAGUGUGGGCAGUGUGGGAAAAGCUUCAACAAUGGCUCCCACUUGAGUGCCCACCAGAAAACCCACACGGGAAAGCCUUACCAGUGCUCUCAGUGUGAGAAAAUCUUCACUAAGAACCCUUCCCUCAUCCACCAUCAGGGGGUGCACACAGAAGAGGUUCCCAUAUCCCAGGAAGGAAGGCAUGUGCUAUGAGUGUGGAAGAAACCCGAUGGAUCAAUUCCUUAUGUCAACACGUGUUUCUGGCGCUUCCUUCUGCUUGUCGAGAAUUCUACUGGGCAAUCCCCAGCUUAGCUAUAGGUUUAUUGACAACCGGAUCUUAAGAACCAUGUCCAGGAAUAGGAAUCAGGGUAAGAAUGCUGAACUCUUUCUGGCUCUGCCUGGGACUCCUGGGUCCUGUCUCAUUGUCGAUUUCAAUUCUGUUUGAAGGGGACAAGGCUACAGGAUCCAUAAGUCCUGCCAGGAAACCUGGGUAUGACUGUUCCCAACAGAGAAUGGGGGGGCUAGUGGCCUGAGCACUGUUUCUGGGCCAUGUCAGAGAAGAAAUUCUCCACCCUCAUGGGAAGCACAUCUAGAAGUUAACAGCCUGGAUGUAUUCUAAACCAACAACUGACCUCUGACACCUAGUGUUAGGUACUACUGCUAACUUAAGAGCAGAUCACUACUCUGUAAUCCAGCCACCACCAAAAGAAAGAACAAAGGAAAGGAAGGAGAGGUUAAGCCUCUGGGCAAUAUUAAAUCUGUUUCCCUUGGUGACGUAAUCUCAGAGCAAGGGUAACAUCUAGGUUAAUCUUUGUAAGAUUCCUCAUUUUACCAUCACCUCCACCCCAGUUCCUGGUUUAUUGUCUCUUAUAGUUAACACUUUCUACAAGCUUAUAACCAUUACCACUUCUGUUGACAAUAAAGGUGUUUCUCCCUCUA